CUCUGUGACACAACGCACCAUGGACAUCACACUUCUGUGUGUGAUUCUUGCAACAGUUUCAGAGCAGCAUUUCGUACACACAGAAGACCUUCCUUCAGCUAAUCUGACUGUAGAGCCUCAGGGUCCUGUGUUCCCUGGAGAAUUGGUCACCUUGACGUGUAACAUACGGUCUAGCAGUGGCUGGACAUACAAGUGGUACAAUAACCAUAGUCUGGUGUUUGAGUCUGAGGAAAACACUUUCAACAUCACAACAGUUACCGAGUCUGAUAAGGGCCAGUACUGGUGUCACGGGGAGAGACCAGAUAGACCCACAUCUUCAAAGAACAGCAGUUACAUUAGCCUUGAUGUAAUAGUCCAGCCUGAACUCACGCAAGAUCCGAAUUUUUUACUCUUGACUGGAUACAAUGUGACUCUGAGGUGUGAGUUGGAUGUCUCCUCUGGUUUGAGUUUCUACUGGUACAAGAAUACACUUAACUCCACUCCUGUGGCCCAGACUGAUGUGAGCUCCUACACCAUUAGCCAUCUUCAGCUCUCUGAUGGAGGACAGUACUGGUGCAGAGCUCAGAUACAGCAGACAGUGCGUCACACGCAGCACAGCAAUGGGAUCUGGGUCAAUGUCACAGACAAGCCCACAUCAAUAGUUCUUUCCAACGGCACAGAAUUUUUCUAUGAAGAGACUGUCUUCCUUCGAUGUGAAGUCCAAGGUGGGAGAGGCGGUGACUGGGAUUACAGAUGGUAUAGGAAGGACUACAGCUACAGCAGCAAUGAGUAUCUACGCAGUUCUGCACAGGAGUACAGCUUUCGCAUGAGCAAUUAUGACGACUACACUUACACCUGUUCUUCUUCUUCUCCAGUGUCACUGCAAAUCAGUCCCAACAGAAGUCAGCACUUCUCCAGAGAGUCCCUGUCACUGAGCUGUGUAGGACUGGGGGACACUAACCUACCCUAUGCUCGUCUGACUGUAGAGCCCCAGGGUCGUGUGCUGCCUGGAGAAACAGUCAUCUUUACGUGUAACAUACGGUCUGCCAAUCCCAAACUCACACAGAAUAAGGAUUAUCUUCUCCUGACCGGAGACUCUGUGACUCUGAGGUGUGAGUCGGAUGUCUCCUCUGGUUUGAGUUUCUACUGGUACAAGAAUACACUUAACUCCGCUCCUGUGGCCCAGACUGAUGUGAGCUCCUACACCAUUAACCAUCUUCAGCUCUCUGAUGGAGGACAGUACUGGUGCAGAGCUCAGAUACAGCAGACAGUGCGCCACACGCAGUACAGCAAUGGGAUCUGGGUCAAUGUCACAGACAAGCCCUUGGCAUCAAUCACCGUUCUUUACGAUGUGACAGAAUUUUUCAGUGGAGAGACUGUCUCCCUUCGAUGUGAAGUCCAGGGUGGUAGAGUCAGUGACUGGGCGUACAGCUGGUAUGAAGAGAAGUCCACAGAGCCUCUUCCCAGUUCUUACCGGAACUACCGAUUUGAUAUGACGAGCUCUGAUGGCAUUUAUACCUGUGACGCGAAACACAAAAAUGGUUUGAAUCAUUCAGCCAGAAGUGAGCCUAUUACAAUAAAGUGGAUUUAUGCCUUGCUGACAAUCAAUGGGUCAUCUUGGGUGAUGGAAGGAGAUUCUGUGACUCUGAGCUGUAAAGUUAUGCACUCCACUCUGAGCUGGAGAUACCGCUGGUACAAAAUGAUUCCUCACAGUACAACUCAGUCUUAUACAUGCGGAGACCAAGGUCACUGUGAAGAGAUCAUCUCAGACAGCAUCAGUGAAGAUGGGAGCUACUACAAUCUUGGUCCUGCUGCCAGCAAACACACUGGGAACUACACAUGCAGAGCGGAAAGAGGGGGGAGGGGGCGGUAUAGCCCAUCUCAACCUCUCUGGGUUAUAGUCUCCAGGACCCCUGUGUGGAUCGGAGUUGGAGUGCCUUUGGUCUUUUGCAUCCUCUUAUUCGGACUGCUGUGCUGGUUCAGAAAGCGCAAAGGUGCCAGCCAGGCGUCCAGCACACCACCACAGUAA